GGGAAAGGGUGUGUUUCAUGAUCCGUGCAUUCGAAAGCGAUGUAACGUGCCGAAGUACUUUUGUAACAUAAAUAUUAUACAAUUUUAAUGAAUAUAACAUAAGUGCAAAUGUAAAUACUAAAAACUAGUUUUGUGAAAAUUUCGAUCCCAUUUUUAAGUGAAUUUUUAAUAGUGAUGUGCUUUGAAAUAAACGUUUUUGCGACUGUUCUUUUGAUUGUAUCGUUUAUUGGGAAAGUUAGAAAUGGAGGUCCAGAACACACCACUGAAAAGGAAACGCGGCCCGAAUACAUCCAUCCGGACGGUCUACUCAACUUCGACCCUUACCUCUCUGAUUUCAAGCAGGAGGUAGAGGAAGACGAUUACAUACCACUACCAGAGAACGACGAAACAAUCGACGGUCUACCAAUCUUCCUUCUAGAACCAAAGAACUCUUACGUAUUACGAAGUAAGCCAGCGACACUGUUGUGUAGGGCAGCGAAUGCUCUGCAGGUUUAUUUCAAAUGUAAUGAUGUCAGAGUGGAUAAGACAGUACAGCUGGAGCACGUCGACCCUCAGAACGGCGUGCGUGUGGUGGAGGCGGAACUGAACGUGACCAGGAAUGAAUUAGACGAGUACUUCGGCGGUCGCUACAGCUGUGAAUGCUACGCCUGGAAUAGUCGGGGAAGGAUAAGGAGCCAGGCAAACUAUAUUGAAUUUGCUUAUAUUAAGAAGCAAUUCGCGCAGCAGCCACAGUCGGCGACAGUGGAAGCCGGGCGGCAGGUGAUGUUCCGCUGCGGGCCGCCGCCAGCCGCGCCACCCGCUACCAUCAAGUGGACGAGGAACGGCGUCACCAUAGAGGCUACAGACGAGACCUUAGUACUGCCUAAAGUCGGCCUACAAGAUAUAGCCAACUACAGCUGCAUAGCAGAAAACAUAGCGGGGCGUCGUGAGUCGGAGGUGGCUGUGCUGUCUGUCUAUGUGAAUGGCGGUUGGUCGGAUUGGUCUGCAUGGUCGCCGUGCCGAUGCGGGUCGGGUCGGCGUCGUAGCCGCACCUGCAGCGAACCCGCCCCGGCCAACGGCGGCGCGCACUGCCGAGGACAGGCCACGCAAGGCGAUGAGGAUUGUGCCAGAUGUCAGACUAACAGUUGGUCUUCGUGGGGCGCAUGGUCUGCGUGCAGCGCGGAGUGCGCGCGGUCUCGGCGGCGGCAGUGCGCCGGCAGCUGCGCCGGGCCCGCUGCGCAGCACGCCGCCUGCCGGGACGGACUCUGCGCCGCGGCUAUGCGUAUAUACAAGAACAAUGUGACACUGUACGUGGGUAUCGGGAUAACAGUCGCCAUGUUGGCGGCGGGCGCUGCCGUGUUGUACGUGUGGUGCCGCUACCGCGCCGCGAGGCCCGGCUACACCGCCGCUAGGACAGUGCACCCAGGUGUGCCGAAGUACAGUGGGCGGGACAAGAGCAACGCCGCGCCGGAUCUCACGCGGACCUGCAACGAGUACUGGAUGCAGAGGCCCGACAACCACUACGACAUGCCUCAGCUUAGAGAUAGUUACGCAUCACCGUUCGGCCACCGCAGCCGGCAGCAGUCUUCGGUCGGCAGCAACCACUACGAGAUGAAGCCCUACAGCCCCUCCGGCGACUCCGCAUCCAGCUGCUACACCAACUCGCGGACUAUGACGUCACGCUCUAGUGAGUGUUCCUCCUCACAGCUGGCGGAGCUGGUGACGUCAUCACCGACCUCACACUCCAAGGUGGACGUCGCGGUCACUCUGCCUACAGGCUCGCUGGAGACCAGCUAUAGAGAUAAGAUAUGUCUAACUAUUGUUAAGUAAUUUUUUUUAAAUUAUAUGAACCAACUGACAUAUUAGUCUUACUCAGAGAUUAAUGCACUGUUCAAGUAAUUUGUUCACUCUGAGUACGGCAGUUAUUAAAUUAUUCUGGC